UAUCUCCUAUCCCGUAGAUACCACCUCAUUUCGCUCCUCGAUCCGAGCUUCCCUCCCACCAUUCUCUUCCUACCGUCAUCACCAGACCCGAAACCAUGCCAUCUUUGGCCCUCUAUCAAGCAAGCAUCUCUCCCUCAGCCUUCAGGUCCAGUGCCAAGCCUCCAAAUUCAAACGCGAAGAUUAAGACCCAAUUCCAUCCCACAAAUACUAAGCUACGCCACCAUCGCAGAUCUCUAUCAUGUGGUUGCAGAGCUUCAUCUUCUUCUUCUUCUUGGACCAGCGACUUCGACCUCUACGAGAUUCUGGGCGUGGAGAGCUCCUCGGAUCAGUCGCAGAUAAAAGCCGCUUACCGAGCGCUUCAGAAGCGGUGCCACCCGGACAUCGCCGGGCCGGCGGGGCACGACAUGGCCAUCGUUCUCAACGAAAUCUACUCCAUCCUCUCCGAUCCCGCUUCACGCUCUGCCUACGAUCAGGAGCAAGCAAAAGUUUCAGAAUUUCGGGGAUACACAGGUAAACCGAUCUAUUCAACAUGGUUUGGCUCUGAGAAUGAACAGCGUGCAGUAUUUGUAGAUGAAGUUAGAUGUGUUGGUUGCCUAAAAUGUGCUUUAUUUGCAAGCAAAACAUUUGCCAUUGAAUCGGUUUAUGGCCGUGCAAGAGCUGUUGCACAAUGGGCCGAUCCUGAAGAGAAAAUCCUUGAUGCAAUUCAGACAUGCCCUGUGGACUGCAUCUCGAUUGUUGAAAGAUCAAACCUUGCAGCAUUUGAGUAUCUAAUGUCGAAGGAGCCACGGAGCAAUGUAAGAAUGACUGCUGGUAAUACUCUGGGGGUGCGGGUGUCCAAUAUCUUUGCUGAUGUGAGCAAGUUCCAAAGCAAAUUCCACAAGAUGAAAGACAAAGCUUCAAGGAAAGAGUCCAAGGAGUCCGAUCUCCAAAGAGAGUCCAGAAUUUCGGCUCUUCAUGGCGUAAGAUCAAUCACAAAUUGGUGGUGCCGGCAGUCUGCCACUAACACAUCAGCUUGGACAGAAACCAACCUUAAUCUGACGGUUACCAACAGAAGAACAGCACCACCCAACACUGAAAGACUUCGAGAGGCUGCUGCCAAAUGCAAGGUGGGAGCAACUGCAGGUGUUGGUGGACAGAGUUCAAUAAGCUAUAAACACAAUGAAGAGUACUGGACCCCAAUUCUCAUCCUUCCAGCACCAUCAUCUAGUUCAUCAACCAGUUCCAACAUGCUAAAGUCUGAGCCUCCACCAAGUACUCUGCUGGAGGCUGAAAAGGAGGCAAAAAGAGCAUCAGCCAUUGAUAGGACAAAGGGAAGCCCCCUGGAUUUAAGGGCCUCUCUGGCUAUGGCCAUGAUCUCAGCAUCAGUAGUAGGAUUUAGAGGUGGAGAAAUGUCAGGAGGUGGCCUUAAAGAACACAUAGGUGGUAGUAUAGCUCUGGAAAUUGUCAACAGCUUUGAGCUGCAAGUUCUAUUGGCAGGUGUUACAUGGUUUGUCAUUGGGAUGAUAAGUGUGGGAAUGGUUGAAGCUCUGAAAAACAAGGGAAGAGGAUAGUGGGAAUACAGUUCAUAUACAGUGAAGUGCUGAUACAUAAAUAUGAUGCCUAACAGUAGGUCAUGGAAAAAGAGGGCUUCAUAAGCCAUACAAAAAAACCCUGAUAAAAAGGAGCAAUGGGGUGAAAAUGGAUUGGAUAAUUAAUCCAAAACCAUUUCCUUAUUGAAAUCUAUUUGGAUAUGGAUACAAAUUUCACCUUUUGACCCAUAUCCAUAUCCAUAUUUGUACCUAUCAAAGAAAAGUGUAUACGAAUACAGAUAUCAGCAUCUGGAUUUGCUGGCUUAUAAAGUAACUAUCAGAUUAUAUCUGUAUUUAAAUCU